CCACUCCAGCCACAAAAGCAGCCCCAUAAGAACGUUUUACCCACGAGACGAGCGAUGGAGAAUCCAAAAGCCGCGGAUUUGCUUCAGGAACGGUCAUUGAAUUUCUCGGAGGCACCACUAAUGGCACGCAACACGAAGCAGAGUGAGGUGCCCCAGUGGACCUGGUCCCUCAAGUGGGCGGCUGUCGGAUCAUCGCUGGGAGCGGCGGUUCCAGUGGGAUACUGCACGGGUGUCAUGAACAGCCCCGCUGAGAUUAUGCGCUCCUGGUGCAAUGAGACGCUGAUUGCCCGAUACAAUCUCAGUUUGGGCGAUUCGGGGCUAGAGCUCCUGUGGUCAGCCCUUGUGUCGAUAUUCCUCGUGGGAGGCGCCAUCGGAUCGGUGGUGGGCGCCACUAUGGCCAACAGGUUCGGUCGACGCGGUUGCUUCAACAUCUGUGGAAUUCUCCUGGCCACGGCAGCCGUAUUCUUCUACGCGUCUCGACCCCUGAACUCCGUGGAGCUUCUGCUGCUGGGACGGCUGCUGGCUGGACUGGCCGGCGGUCUCAUAACUGCCUUCAUGCCCAUGUGGCACAGCGAGAUUUCGUCUCUGUCCCAGCGCAGUACCCUGUCACCCCUCUGCCCCAUGGGCUUGACCCUGGGUGUAGUGGUGUCCCAGGUCUGCAGCCUGCGCUCCGUGUUUGGAGGUCCCGACAACUGGCACAUAGGCCUGUCCUUUUACGGCGUUCUCGUGGCGGCGUGCUACGCCCCCUUCAGGUGGUAUCCCGAGAGCCCCAAGUGGAUGUACGUCGUCGGGGGGCGCAAGGAUGAGGCACGUCGCCAGCUGCAGCAGCUGAGGGGCUACCCAGCUGAUAGUGCCGCCCUGCAGGCGGAGAUCGACGAAAUGGAGCUGGAGGCCGCCUCAAAGGUCGAAGCCCUUGGACUGGUGCAAGUGCUGCGCGAUCCUCAGUACCGUCUGCCACUGAUCAUCGUCUGCGCCUUCCUUGGUGGCCAACAGUUGUCGGGCAUCAAUGCAAUCUUCUACUACUCCGUCUCGAUCUUCCGCAAGGCGGGUCUGUCCAUCCAGGCGUCGCAGUGGGCCAACCUGGGGGCAGGCUCCCUCAAUUUGGCCACCUCCAUGCUGGGCCCCAUUCUGCUGGAACGGGUGAACCGACGACCCCUGAUGCUUUUCUCCACAUUUUUCUGCACAGUCUUUCUAUUCUUGUUCGCCAUGAUGCUCUACUUUAUUGAGAGCUUCAGCUGGUUUGCCAUGGGCUGCAUUGGCUGCAUUUUCCUGUACAUAUUCUUCUUUCAGUUCGGACUGGGCCCCAUGCCCUUCUUUAUCGGAGCAGAACUGUUCGAACUUGCCCCCCGCCCAGCUGCCAUGUCGCUGGGCAGCGUAGUGUACUGGAUCUGCAACUUUAUCAUUGGCAUGGCCUUUCCCACGUUGCAGAACGCCUUCGGAGCCUUGGUCUUCCUGCCAUUCUCAGUAACCUGCUUGCUGCUCUUCGGCCUUACGAAGCGCUACUUGCCGGAGACCCGUGGACGCGAGCCCUCCGAAGUGGCGCCACUUGUCGCCUCAGGCUUUAACUCAAAAGUUUUCCUCUCCCAUCAGGCGGUGAGCCAACUAUAGAGCAAAAGUACUAUCCACCAAGGCCAUGGCCGUUUAAUAAAACUGUUUAUAUUGGUCAAAAGGCCUAGGGCUUCCUUGAAGCACGAGGGUCAACAGUUUUGGAUUUUAAAACAAAUAGUCAUAAUAAGAUAUUUGUUCUGUCAUUAAAACUUGUCAAUUCCAAAUUCAAUCAUCUAAGAAUACCAAAUACCUAUGCACAUGAGUACUUAUAUAUGUAUUCAUAUUAUUAUAACAAAGAAAGAUAUUAGUUACUGAGUUGUCUAUUCCAAGUCAGUCGAUUUUAUUGACGGCUUUGAGUAAGUUAGUAAGCUGUCUGGACUUUUCAUAUGUGACCUUAUCAAGAGAUAGCUCCUCUGACUCUUAUAUUACGCAGGCGUCAGAGGGAAAAAUCCAAAACUAAUGUUUGUAGGGCGCCUAGAAGUGGCAUCCGUGACGUCGUCAAUGUAAAUAAAGUCGGUUAUCUUUGUAA